GCCCCCGCACCUCCCCGCGCGCGUCCGCCUGCCCGCUCGCUCGCCCCCGGCCCCGGCUCCUCCUCCUCUUCUCGCCAUUGCAGUUGGACUCAGCAGCCCGGCGCGUACCGCGUGGCUUUUGGGGGGAAGACACCCCGGCGGGCUGUGGCAGGAGGGCGGCGGCGGCGGUCGGGGAAGGGGACGCCGACAAGAUAGUUGAAGUAUUGAUAACACCAAGGAAAUCUGUCACAGUUUGAAAAGAUAAAGUUUGAUUUCCAGACACUACAGAAAAAGGAGUAAAAAUGCGUCCGAUGCGAAUUUUUGUGAAUGACGAUCGCCACGUGAUGGCAAAGCAUUCUUCCGUUUAUCCAACGCAAGAGGAACUGGAGGCAGUCCAGAACAUGGUGUCGCACACUGAGCGGGCGCUCAAAGCUGUGUCCGACUGGAUAGACGAGCAGGAAAAAGGCAGUGGCGAGCACGCCGAGUCUGACAGCAUGGACGUGCCCCCGGAGGAUGAGAGCAAAGAAGGGGCUGGGGAACAGAAGACUGAGCACAUGACGAGAACCCUGCGGGGCGUGAUGCGGGUGGGCCUCGUGGCAAAGGGUCUUCUGCUCAAGGGGGACUUGGAUCUGGAGCUGGUACUGCUGUGUAAGGAGAAGCCCACGACUGCCCUCUUGGACAAGGUGGCUGACAACCUAGCCAUCCAGCUCGCUGCUGUAACAGAAGACAAGUACGAAAUACUGCAAUCUGUCGAUGAUGCUGCCAUUGUGAUAAAAAACACAAAAGAGCCUCCGUUAUCUCUGACCAUCCACCUGACAUCCCCUGUUGUCAGAGAAGAAAUGGAAAAAGUAUUAGCUGGAGAAACGCUAUCAGUCAACGAUCCCCCGGACGUUCUGGACAGGCAGAAAUGCCUUGCUGCCUUGGCGUCCCUCCGACACGCCAAGUGGUUCCAGGCCAGAGCCAACGGGCUGAAGUCAUGUGUCAUUGUCAUCCGGGUCCUGAGGGACCUGUGCACCCGUGUGCCCACCUGGGGUCCCCUCCGAGGCUGGCCUCUCGAGCUCCUGUGUGAGAAAUCCAUCGGCACAGCCAACAGACCCAUGGGGGCCGGCGAGGCCCUGCGGAGAGUACUGGAGUGUCUGGCGUCGGGCAUCGUGAUGCCAGAUGGUUCUGGCAUUUAUGACCCUUGUGAAAAAGAAGCCACUGAUGCUAUUGGGCAUCUAGACAGACAGCAACGGGAAGAUAUCACACAGAGUGCGCAGCACGCACUGCGACUCGCUGCGUUUGGCCAGCUCCACAAAGUCCUGGGUAUGGACCCUCUGCCUUCCAAGAUGCCCAAGAAACCAAAGAAUGAAAACCCAGUGGACUACACUGUUCAAAUCCCCCCCAGCACCACCUACGCCAUCACUCCCAUGAAACGCCCGAUGGAGGAGGACGGGGAGGAGAAGUCUCCCAGCAAGAAGAAGAAGAAGAUUCAAAAGAAAGAGGAGAAGGCAGAGCCUCCCCAAGCUAUGAAUGCCCUGAUGAGGCUGAACCAGCUGAAGCCAGGCCUGCAGUACAAACUGGUCUCGCAGACCGGGCCUGUCCACGCCCCCAUCUUCACCAUGUCAGUGGAGGUCGAUGGCAAUUCAUUCGAGGCCUCUGGGCCCUCCAAAAAGACAGCCAAGCUGCAUGUGGCCGUUAAGGUGUUACAGGACAUGGGCUUGCCGACGGGCGCGGAGGGCAGAGACUCAAGCAAGGGGGAGGACUCGGCAGAGGAGACAGAGGCGAAGCCGGCCGUGGUGGCCCCUACCCCUGUGGUGGAAGCUGUGUCAACCCCCAGUGCUGCCUUUCCCUCGGAUGCUACUGCCGAGAACGUGAAACAGCAGGGGCCGAUCCUGACAAAGCAUGGCAAGAACCCGGUCAUGGAGCUGAACGAGAAGCGGCGAGGCCUCAAGUAUGAGCUAAUCUCUGAGACCGGGGGCAGCCAUGACAAGCGCUUCGUCAUGGAGGUGGAGGUGGAUGGACAGAAGUUCCAAGGUACUGGUUCCAACAAAAAGGUGGCAAAGGCAUACGCUGCCCUUGCGGCACUAGAAAAGCUUUUCCCUGACACCCCUCUCGCCCUUGAUGCUAACAAAAAGAAGAGAGCCCCUGUACCUGUCAGAGGUGGACCGAAAUUUGCUGCUAAGCCACAUAACCCCGGCUUUGGCAUGGGUGGCCCCAUGCACAAUGAAGUGCCCCCACCCCCCAACCUUCGAGGGCGGGGACGAGGAGGGAACAUCCGAGGGCGAGGCCGAGGGCGAGGAUUUGGUGGCGCCAACCACGGAGGCUACAUGAAUGCUGGCGCUGGGUAUGGAAGCUAUGGGUACGGAGGCAACUCGGCAACAGCAGGCUACAGUGACUUUUUCACAGACUGCUACGGCUAUCAUGAUUUUGGGUCUUCCUAGAGCGUCUAAAAGUAUUGCACACAAAAUCAACUUUUUACUCCAAUUUCCUCCAACUCCAAAACCCAAAGUGUCCGUGCUGUGUCCCUGUGUGUGCUUCACUGGGUUUCUCAACCGUGGCUUUUCACCGCAGCUUGUCUGAAACUCUUAGCCUGCAGAAUUUAAGACAAUGGCAGUUUUUAUCGUGAUUUGCCUUUGAACUUGGUCAUAUUGAAGUUCACAAUAAGUGGAAAACAAUUUUUUCAGAGAAUGUAUUUUUGUGCAGAAUUGCACAGAAUUCUAGAGCCAGCGUUGUUCAGCAUCAAGGCAAAAGCCCACCUUUGCUUUUUAUGGAAAGCAUUACUUUAUUUAAAAGACAGACAAUGACGCAUUUUAAUCUACCUUUGUCUUAAUUUACAGCAGGUUUUGUAUGAAUUUUUAACCUUUUAACAAAUUCCCAAAUCUGGUUGAUGCCUUUGACAGUAAUGAAAACGGUUUCAUCACAUCUGAAUCCAGAGCAACUGGCUUUUUUUUUUUUCCUUCUGAGCAUGUAAAUCGUAGGGAUUGUGGGGAAUUGUGUAUUACGCUGAGUUAACUUCUCCCGCCUUUUGUAAAUGCUCUGGUGGGUUCUUGUUUGGGGAUGUGGUAUUUUGUGGCUGGUUUAGCUAGAGAGUGAACUCUCAAAGGUAUCAAAACUGUGCUUCCAUAAAUAAGUGCAAGAAACAGACAGGCUUAAAAGGGUAGGUAACGUGAAAUUUUGCAAGUCCUAAUUACAACUGCAAAUGCAUGAGAUUCUGGAUUUUUUUUUUUUUUUUAAAUGGGGCUUUAAAAAUAAGGAGAGAGCCACACAUGUCCCUGCUUCUCCAGCCAGUUUUGGCUUCAGCAGGGCCUGUGCCACACUGAGUGCACAGUUGCCACAGACUCCAGAGGCCUGGCAGCUUCUGCCUGUGCGCAAAGGUACACAGGGUCACCCCGGCACUUUACUGGUGCCCCCGUUUUCUGGCGGGAGCCCCCCUUGGAAACCGUGGUUUUGGCUCGGGUCAGCAGUUCUUUCUGCAGCAAAGCCUGCCUCUGUGUUGACUUGCAAGAUUUGGCGUUACUCAGGCAAAAACCGGUCGAAAUGGUUACUAUAUGAUUUGUUCCCAGAGGUUUGAAACAUUCAGUGAAACUUUUUAAAACUUUGAUUGCAUGAUGUAUUUUUUUUUUAGAAAGUUACUGUUUGAGAAUAAUGUCUUUUUAUACCAGGAAAUAGUUCUCCUGAAUGACAUUGAAAACUUCCCCUCCCCUUUAUUUUUUUUUAAUCAAUACAUGUUAAAGUAACAAG